AUGUCUUCGAGACCAUCCGCAAAUGAGAUCUUCAUGGACCAGCUGCCCAAUCAAUCCCGCGAUCGACGCCGACAAUGCUCUGCUUCGACUCACGGAGAGGGCGAGGGCCAACAGAAGGCCAAGCUAGAGACGCGACUCGUACGUCAAAGCCUGCGGACGCGCCAUGUCUCUUUCAUCUCGCUCGCCGGUGCCAUCGGCGGUGGGCUCUUCCUCUCAACCGGCAGCACUUUGGCUCAUGCUGGGCCUAUCAGCUUGCUUGUAGGCUACGCUAUCAUGAGCUCCGUGGUCAUAUCCGUCGUCUUUUGCAUGGCUGAGCUCUCGUGCCUUGUUCCUACGACCGGAGCCUACAUUCGUCACGCGGCCAUGUUUGUCGAUCCGGCGUUGGGCUUCACAAUUGGGUGGUCGAUUGUUUUUGCAGACGCAGUGGCCAAUCCGGCGGGCAUCGUCUCGCUCAUCGUACUCUGCCAGUACUGGGCUCCUGACCUUGACGCGGCUCUACCAGUCUGCUUCUUUGUCCUCGCAAGCCUCGUCACCAAUAUAUGGGACGUGCGUGUGUAUGCUGAGCUCGAGAGCUUCUUCGCGAUGCUCAAGAUCCUAACCGUGAUUGGCCUCAACAUCCUCAGCCUCUGUGUAGCCCUCGGCGCGGGACGUCAUGGCAAGACGGUAGGCUUCCGUUACUGGACUGAGCCUGCGCCCUUCAAGGCGUAUCUCGUCGACGGCCCAAUCGGACAAUUCAUUGGCUUCUGGUCCGUCAUGGUGUCGGCGGUCUACUCCUAUUCGGGCAUUGAAGCGACCUCCUUCAUCGCGGCAGAGACCCGAUCGCCUCGCCAGGUGAUCGCUCGAGCGAGCAAAGGAGUCUUUUUCCGCGUUGGCUUCAUCUAUAUGUGCUCGCUAUUCUUCCUCUCCAUGGCCGUCUCCUCAACGGAGCCGCGCCUCACCUCACAAGAAGGCAACGCCCUUGCCUCUCCCUUCGUUAUAGCAGCGAAUCGCGUCGGCAUCACAGGCAUCGCCUCAAUCGUCAAUGCGCUCAUCCUCCUCUCCGUCUUCUCAUCCAACAACACUUGCCUCUUGGCAGCCAGUCGAGCCUUGAUGGGCUUGGCUCUAGAUGGUCACGCGCCACGCUUCUUCGCCGAGACGCACAGGUGGGGCAUACCUAUGUGGGGAGUCUUGGUGUGCGCCGCUUUCAUGCCGCUGGCCUUUACGGUAUACUCGCAGGAGGCCUCGAUCGUGUUCGAAUAUUUUGUAUCCAUUGGGGCCUCUGGGACACUCAUGGAAUGGAUUGUCAUCUGCUGGACUACGGUUCGCCUACACAGCGGGAUGAGGGAGCAGGGCAUCAGUCAGGAAUCGCUGCCAUUCUGCCCUUGGGGUCAGCCCUGGCUUGCUUGGUACGGCUUAGUAAUGAGCGUCCUGUGCGCCGUGACGAACGGCUUCACCCUCUUCAUCGGGGAGGGCCUUCCGCGCCUAACGGCACAGCGCCUCAUCUCGGCCUACGCGAUGCCGAUCAUCACCAUUCUCCUCUACCUCGCCUUCAAGAUCAUUCGUCGUACCCGUUUCAUCCAAUCGCGCGACAUGCGCAUCCGUCCCUGGCUUGACCAGUGGAAGGAGAAUCCAGAGCAAUGGAUUGAGCCGGCGAGGGGAUGGGGGCGCCUCCUUUCGCUAUUGUGGUCGCACGACUAG